GAUCUGUACGCCAUCUCACACACGUCCAAACUUUACCUCCACCUUGACAGCUGCUGGAACACUUUCAUUAUAAGGUCCACCCUGGCCUUUGAGGAACGUCACAGACCUUCAUCUGACUCCUCCCAGCAGUUACGACCCCCAACCAUCAGCUGGGAGCGCACGUCUCACCUGUACGAUGACCUGAGCAGGGAACUGCUGCAGAAAGGGAGCAGCGUCGAGAGCCUUUAUGUGCUUUUGUAGGAAGUGAAGGUGGCCGCCCGCCACCACGUCGCUCUACGUCACAUCUUCUGGAGGUGUGGGGAGGUGUGUGACUUUCUGGUUGAGUCUCUGGAGGAAUGUCUGCAUGGCCGUCAGAAUGGACUUCACACUGUUGACCAGCUACUACUGAGCACUCUGAUCAUCCAAACGCUGGCCAUCAUGUUCCAAGAGACGGAUACUGAAGCUGCCAGACUGGACACCCUCGCCACCAAAAAAGGUGCCUUGGCCUCCAGGAUGCUACUGGCUUUGGUUUGUGACCCCCAUGACACAUCAUCCACCAACCUGGAGUUCCAAGACAAAAAGUCGGCCUACCUGGAUGCUGCCUGCUGGCUUCUCUUUGAGAUGAUGCAGAUGGGACACCAGCUGAGUUGUGACCCAACAGGACAUGUCUUUAUCCAGGAUGUCAACACCUGUGACCUGUCUCAGGCCAACAGGUGUGGGGGACACUUCCUGUCUGUCAGCUGGACCCUGCAAGUCCUGCACGACCACCCGCACAUGGUACUGUUCUGCCCUGCGGCGUUCCCAGCCGUUAAGGACGUGGCCACCUUGUGGUCUCUCUAGUCGUCCUUCCUUGCCUCCCAAGCCUGUCAGGUGGUCCUGGUUCUAUCGGACCUGCAGGAGUCCUUCCUGAGUCCUCUGCAGAGUGUCCUUUUGUUCCAGCGCUGCCGCCUCCUGCUGACCUUCCUGCAGCACAGCGAGCAGCUGGCCCAGCACCUUCGAGCCCACGUCACGGAGGAGUUCAGGUACUUUGUGAAUCUGUCCAGCGCCCAAGAGAAGCUUCCACCUUACUACCCUAUCACUAAGACCACCCUGCAAGCGCUGCAGCAGCUGGUCGCCUUCGUCCUGCACACACCUGAUGCAUGAACAUGCAUGUUUA